CAGGCUUCCGAGAAGUUCUUCUUCCUUGGGUGAGGUUCCUAUCGUUCUAGUGGAUGGUCACGAUGUUUUUGGCUCCCUCACACCUCGCGUUAUCUAAAUCGCCAGAGAAAGUAACAAACUCUUCAAUUAUAAAGAAAUUUCCAGUAAAAUUUUGGCGUAUUGCAAAUUCGUGUAAAACGGGUGCUGUUUGCUGGGGAUUUGGUGGAAAUUCUAUUCGAAUUCUCAGGGAGAAAUUCGAGGAAGAGUAUCUUUUUGGAGAGAACAAACCGUUCAAAACUGCUACAUUUAGCAGCUUUAUCCGACAACUGAAUCUUUAUGGGUUUAGGAAGAUUGUAAGACCUUCUAUCAUCAAUGAACACGGGCAGAAGUUAAAUACUUCACUGGUGGAGUACAAGCACGCCUUGUUCCUGAAGGGGCACCCAGAACUUCUCCAGCGUAUACACCGAAACAACAAUACACACAAUAGAAGAAAGAGGAAGAACUCGUCAGGAGAAUCCACUCGGCCUGUUCUUGUCAAUAUCUCGGACCACAGAAUAAAGGAGGAAGUCAUUGAGGAUGGUUUUGGGUGCACAAUCGAUCCGCAGGCUAUCAAAGAAGAAGCAUUGUCGGCAUUUCAAGACGUAACUAAUCAGCAAGAUAGGACAUCCGGAAACAUGGUACCUAUUGACAGUAUUCCUGACCAAGCUGCAUCGCCUGCCGCUUUCCCAGCAUGCACUGGAAAGACCCUGGUCAGCGUGCAACUCCCUAUGACCAAGCAACCAAUGUUCAGACAGCCACCUAGCAGGAAUGUUGUGAUGUUGGCCCCUGUCCCUAAUGGACAUGCAGCCAACAACAAACCAUCUAUCCAACAUAUAGCACCUGCUACCAUAAACAGACCCAAUUUGAAUAAUGCAGAUGUGCCAUAUGCAUCACAAGGACAUACUCAGAACACUGUUCCUCAGGAUCUGAUCAAGUUGGAUCCAGCGCUUAAUGAUGUGAAACCAGAUAUUGCAACAGGAAGAGGACUUCAUCAAAGAUGUGAUGGUUUAACUUUGGUGCCUAAUUACAGACUAAGCACAUCAGAUGUGCCAAUUCAUGGACUGAUGCAAGGUAGGACACAUCAGAGGAGCGGCAACAUCAAUGUCUUGUACCCAGGCAAAGAUCAGAAAACACAAGCAGGCAGCUGCACUGCUAGGACAUUUCCUAUACAGCCUCGCCCAGUCCAAAUCCAUCUUCAUGGCUUAUCAAUGACACCUAAUGUGCCAAAGCCUCUGAGAGGUAAUAUAUUUCCGGGAAAUACUCAAAGGCACCCAGUUCUGUACAUGAAUAAAACUCCCAGAGUCCCAUUAGCACCUCGACCUGUGAAGAAUAUGUCCCACUUCCAAAGACCACCUCCACUCCGUCCUCAAUAUACAUUGUACAACAUUGUGAAACCAACGGUCCAAGAUACAGAUAAUUCAGGAUGUGGCGAGAUGGCUUCUCAUCCACUUCUUAGGCCUGUGCGUCAGGACUUCGCCCCUGCUAGUGUUUCUAAUACCACAGACUCAACUACAUAUUCUCAGUAUGUCCCAAAGCCAAACUUGCAUCUACAAAGCAUUCCUGAAUAUACAACCUCAACCAGUGAACAGACAGAGUCCAACGUGUCUUUAGAUAACGAUGGACUUGCAGACUUGGCCCUUUUCAAACUAUCCUCUACAUUGAAAGACAUAGAUGCACCGUGUGAAGACAAUAUAGAAGUGGACGACCCUAACAGCAAUACAUAUUCUACAAGAUAUGUUAUCAAUACGGCUACUUCAGGAGUGACAACAGAAACGUCUUCAGUUCCUGAACAGAAAUUAAUAAUAGAGCCUUCUGAGGAUACUACUUCAGCUCCAACAAGAGAUAAUGACACCCCAGGCCGCUCUGAAGAUUCAAAAGCUAGUUCUCCAAGACCAGGGACAGCUUUCUGGGAGCUGACGACAUUAACACCACCAUCUACAGGACCUAAGCGACAACUAUUCAAAGAGAGUGUCACAAGAAGGCUCACCAUCCCAGUGAGUGGACUUCCACGAGACCUGUUCUCAGUCAGGACAGCAGCUGGUGAGAUGACUGACCAGAGUGAUGCAGUCAUUACUCUUGAGACUUCAGAGGAUGGACAUGUCACUGGACAUCUGAUAUUGCCAGGUAGAGAUGCUCAAGGGACCAAAAGCACAGAAUUAUAAAACACAAGCUUUAUGUCCUAGUGACUGAAGAUGAGUAGAUCUCUGUGCUUUCUGACAUCAGUGUUAGGUUGUAAAUCCUGAAAAAAAGUACAAUAGUAGAUACAGCCCUGUUUGAAGAAUCUAUUCAAAGGAUCUUACCAACUUGAAAAAUUGACUUUCAAAAUGCAUUGACUGCCGUACAUAUUAACCUUAUAUCAUAUGUAAUUCAAGGACUAGUUCACACAUGUUAAUGUAAACUGAAGUCUUUUGUCAUGUUUGUUGUGCAAAACAUUUGGCAUAUUUACCCAAGAUGUGAAUGUUUGUUUUAAAAUAGACACACUGAAAGUUAGCAAGGAGACUGGGGGACUAGAUGAUUUAUUUGUAUAUUGUUAUGGCAUGUAUCACAAAAGUGACCUUUGCCGUAACAAAAUGCAGAGAAAAUUCUCAUCCCUGUGUUUAAGCAACGUGUACAUGUUAUUUUAAUCAGCUCAUAUUGUAUGUCAUCAGUUGUUACUCGUUUCAAUGUGGUAUACGUCUUGGAAUUGUCUCCUGUUUGUAGCUAACACUUCAGUGUCUCAGGACUUGUUACUUAACCCACACUUUUGUUUUGUAAUUUGGACACAAUCUCAGGCACAUCUGAGCAUCAAUUAAUGAUUGCAUACAACAAGAGGUGUCAGUAGUCCUUCGCUAGCACUUUGCAAAGUUAAUUUGAAACCUGAUUCCAUGUUCUUCACGUCAUUCCAUACCUAUUGCUCCAGAAUUUGAAACACAAGAAUCAUUAAUCUUAGUUUUUCUUUCAAAUGUAAAUCCUGUUACCUGUUUACUUACGUUGUCAAUGUUAAAUCUAACAUUUGCCAAUAUAUUUACACAUGGAAUGUAACCUAUGGAAUAUACUUAAAGUGACUAGAAAUAUAAUUGCUUAUGACAAAA